GCCCCCUCGCCUCUUUUGAAUGGACCAGGCACAUGAAAGGAAAGAGCAAAUGCAAGAACCAAGCAGUGAGAAACAACUUAUGCUUUCUUAUCCUCCUACUGACCCACAAUCAUAUCCUUGGUUAAACUAAAGCAAGGGCUGAAAAUUGCAAUGAGCAUUUAUAGCGAAGGGAAUGGAUAUCUGCAAGAAAAGCCGAUUCUGGAAGCUUUACAAUGACGAUCGACCUUCUUGCUCUCUUUUCAUAAGAACUUCAGCUGGGCUAGUAUAUCUUCUCGCAUAUUUGUUAGAAACUUUUAUGCUAUCUUUUUCACUUGAGGUACUUAAGCAGCUUAAUUUGCCUUCUGAUACUCCAAUUUUUCUUGAACAAGGAGAUAUGGAUAGGGUAAGCCGAACUUGGGAGAUCCUACCUACUGGUCACAAAAUUGGGACACCAAAGCCAUUGUUUAAGGAAUUGAAUUGCAGCGGCUGGGCCGACACCCAUGAUUGCAGGAUCAACACCAAUGCCAGUAAAAGUCCUAAAUACACCAAGGAUGGGAAGUCCCUUUUGCACUGCAAUGCUUCUCUUCAUGAGGAGAAUAGACCCAGCACCGUCACUCACUUGGCAAGAAUUGCCAGCAUUGGGCAAUAAUAGGGAUAUGUGACAGAAAGAGGAACAG